AUGUUAUUUUCAAUAAUAUUUUGUAUAUUAGGUCUUUCAAUUCAAUCAGUAAUCGGAUCUGCAUUCACAUUUAUAUUAGGUGCUAAUGAAAAAUCAUGUUAUUAUGUAUUUACAGAACAACCAAAUACACAAUUAAGAUAUUAUUUUGCUGUACAAAGUGGUGGAUCAUUUGAUGUUGAUUACGAAAUUAAAGAUCCAAAUGGAAAUACAAUAAACAAAGAAGAAAAGAAAAGACAAGGUGAUUUUGUAUUUAGAGCUACAUCAAUUGGAGAAUAUGAAUUUUGUUUUUCAAAUACAAUGUCAACAUUUGCUGAAAAAGUUGUUGAUUUUGAAAUUGAAUUUGAAAAUGAUAAUGCAAAUGAAAAAUAUAGAGCUAGUUUACCACAACAACCAAAUGCAAAACCAUUAGCUUAUGUUGAAAAUAUGCAAAAUACAAUUGAAAAAAUUCAAUAUCAAUUAAAUGAAUUAACAAGAACUUUACAAUAUUAUAAAACAAGAAAUAAUAGAAAUCAAGCAACUGUUAGAUCAACGGAAUCAAGAAUUUACUAUUUUUCAAUCUUUGAAGUUUUGUUAAUGGUUGGUAUGGCAUUUUUACAAAUUACUAUAGUACAAUUAUUUUUCAAAGGAUCAAGAAAACAGUUAGUAUAG